AUGGCUUCAACUUCUACCCCUCCAGUAGGCCGAACACAAACCCGGAUUCAAGGACAAGCACAAACGGCUCCACAGAACCGCGGAAGUUUAACAAUCACGCAAUCACAAUCGAAUACAAAUGCUCCUGUUUUACGUUUGAGAGGUGCACCAAAUACAGAAAGUGAAAGUAGUGCGGAUGGAGAAACGGGUUUAGGAAGAGGUAGGAGGAUUCAGUGGGCGGAAGAUGUGGUGGAUAAUGAAGGGCUGGGGAGGAAGAAGAGUAAAGUUUGUUGUAUAUACCACGCUCCUCGAGCUAUCGAUGAGUCCUCGGAUGAGAGUUCGAGUGAUAGCGAUGAUAGUAGUAGUGAUGAUGAUGAUGGGAGUGCGAAACCUUCUGGAGGUGGAGGAAAAGGUGGUGGACAUGAUCAUGAUCACGAUCAUCAACAUGGAGAUGGAUGUGGACAUGGGAAAGGAAAGGGAAAGGGCAAAGAAAGAAAAAGAAGUCCCAAUGCUUAUGAGAGGCAGCCGAAUUAUAAGGGGAAGGGAAAGGGAUGA